AUGGUGGUACAUCGUCGUCCUGUGGACGUAGAGGCUGAGGUCCCGACAACCGUCUACGCACUAGAUCUUCAGCGCGUGAGCCAAUUGCUGCAUAUUCCAAGAACGGAGUUGAUCUCUGGAUUCCAAUUGGAUCCUACGCGUUCCGAGAUCCAAGGUGUCAUUGUCGAAGCCGGCGAGAAUGUACCUUUCGAGACUGUGGGUCACGAUGCAGUUAAUGGUCCAAACCAAGUUACUAUGAAUGUUGACGAUUAUUCUACCUCUCUUCACGCUCAUGCAUUACCGCCACUGCCUCCUGCAUGCCCGUCUGCACUGGUGGUGACCCCCACGUCGCGUCGUCCUGCUGUGCGUCAAGUGCUUUUAACUGCCGCAGUUCGACCAAGCUGUCUCGACGAGAACCAGCGACCAAAAUGUUUAAUUCGGCUAGGCCACCAGACAAUUAUCAGUCAUAUUCUAACACAACUCUAUGCUGCGGGUGUGGAACGCGUUGUAGUGUCCGUUGCUGCAGCUGGAGGCCAAAUUAUGGCCGCUGUCAAGCAGACACCGUUUUUUGUCAAAAUGAAAAUUGAAUUUUUGGAUCUAGGACGUACAAAUGACGAUGGUCAUGCACACUCAAUUCUUGCGGCACGAAGUUUCUUUCCUGGUCCAGAACCAUUUUUAAUCCAUACAGCUGAUCACAUCUUUGACAAAUCGGUCGUUUCCAAGUUAUUGGCGUAUCCACUUGAUAAUGCUUUUGCGUGUGUACUGGUAGAAAUGGAUAUUGCAGACCUCACGGGUCUACCACCUACUACAGUUAAAGUAAAACUUCACAAAGAUGAUCACCAGAUAACCCAUAUUGGUCGAAACUUAGACGUCUACGAUGGUAUUGAUGCUGGACUUUUCCUAAGCUCUCCAAACAUUUUCGAUGCCUUAAGCACUCUCGCUGAACAUCAAAGCUACUUUUCGCUUGCUGAAGCACUAAAUAGUUUUACAAUGACCAAGACAAGUGCUUCCAGUGCAAGCCGUUUGAUGUAUCUUUCGACAGCUGGAGAAACGUGGUUCAGUAUUGAGACAGAGGAGCAAUUGGCCUACACACAAGAUACGGACGGGACGGCUAAGUUGUCUCCUUGGACUGUUUUUUUGGCUUCAACACCUAUUGGGGAUCCAUCAAUGACGAAAAAUGUUGUCAUUGGAGUGUCAGCACCUGUUUCGGAUAUGUCGCUUCGAGUUGCUGGAAAUACGGACAGCUCUAAGCUGUUUGAGGGAUUUGUCGUGAGUGUUGGCAAUUCGGACAUUCCUCAAAGUGCAAUUGACGAUUUAAGCGGAGAAGCUGACGGUUAUGAUACGGAAGCUCAACCGCUCUUGUCAUACAAUACACGGUCAAAUAAAAUGUUCUCAAGCCGUACAGCGAGAUCACCGUUUUCUACACAUUCGUUUGUAGAACCUGCAUUUGAUCAGGACGACUCGUCACCAUUUGUGCUCUCGUUCCCUACCGAUGACGAAACUUCCAGAACGAUGGAAGGAAAGACUUCAAAGCACCACGCGUACCUUAUUGAAAUGUCUCCUGAUGAUCUAACUGGUGCAUCUCCCCCUGGCUCGGGUACGUCAGAAUACUUGCUGGCUGUUCCUGGAAAUCACGAACUAGACUAUGGAAAAGAAGAGUCUUACACUGGGGACCUGGUCACCCCCCGAGCCACAUUGACACCUUUGCAUAAGGCAACUAUUUUGCCCUCGGAUAUAACUCAAAUUCAUCUUAACACCCGCGGAUUCGAGGAAGAUUUAGAGGUCACUGUUGUGGUAAAGCGCGAGGCUCCAAUUAUCGGCUACCUGCUGCUCCUGUCGUCACUUUUUACGAUCUCAUCUGUGGGUGUUGCACUAGAUGAGCUAGACAAUGUUGUGGUGCCUGAGCUUCGCAUAUUUUGGCGAAACACGGCCACGUCGAUGUUUACGUUUCCUGUCGCAGUGAUGAUUCUCCUUCGUGGAAAUGAAGAGCCCACCGGACAAAGCUGGAAAGAGUUAAUUCCGUUUAUUCUCUUGGCCGGUGUCGCGUACGCAUACUUUCUAGGCUCCUUUGUCGUGGCUCUUUCACUAACAUCCGUUGGACAUGCCACACUAUUUAACAACGCACACUCGAUGUUGCUCGUGUUCUGGAAGAUAGUGUUGCGAAAGCCUGUGGCUGUGUUUGAGGCUCUGGGUGCAGCUAUCGGAGUCGUUGGGGGCGGUAUUACCACACUAGAUGCGACCUCUGGAGGCCCCAAUAUCGUGUCUGCGACCGUGAUAGGAGACCUUGUAGCUCUUUCCGGUGCUGCUGGAGGAGCUUUAUAUUUCUCUUUGGCCAAGAAAGUGCGUCCUCACAUGCAUGUGUUAGUGUUUCUGUGUGGGUUGACAGCCACGUCAGCGACAACGUUACUGUGUUACAUGCUCAUUUCCGGUCAAAAACUCAGCCUGUCUAUGGAUCCGUACAAUGGAGUGUUUGGCUGGUUAACUCCUUCCGUAAACCGACUACUGGUGGUGCUCUACCUCGUUCUAGUUUGCGAUUGUAUUGGCACAAUGGGUUACAUAGGUGUGAUGAAGUACUUUGAUCCGAUUGUCAUAUCGAUUGUAUGCUUAAUGGAACCCAUCGUAGCCACAGCUCAGGGUAUUGUCAUGGGCGUUGAUACCAUGCCUGGACGUCUCACCUUCAUAGGAGCAUCCCUCGUCAUUGGUGGCACUUGCCUCGUUCUGCAAUCUCAACGUCGCAAGACUGAGAAAAUUGAUGCUACAGAAGCUGUUUUAGCUUCUCAUACCACACCUCGAGCAGUAUACAGCGCGCGAUCACGGAAGCGAACACCACGAUACGGCAGUACACCUCACUAA